AGACUAAAAUUACAGAUAUUAUUUGAAUAAAAUGCCAUAGGGAUGACGUCAACGAGUAUCUGUUCUGGUAUUCCCUUACAGCACACAUGGCGAAUAUAUAUAUUCCAGUUGGUCGAGGUAAUUCUUAUUGGUGAAGAUUUGAGUGCACUAAACGGGUUUCUAAAAGCAGACACUCGUUAUUAGUUAGCAAGUGAGAGCAUUUCCAAUAAAGUAUAAUGUGGAUGCAGAAAUACCGUACCGUGGCUAUUGAAGAAAUGUUUCGUUGGUCGAAAAAAUCUUUUCUUUGGGAAUUUCCUUGUGAAGAACGAUCUAGAAAUUUUCGUCGACGAAGGACGUGCACAGUACACGUACGAAAUUUCUCCUCGGAGGUGAAUUUGUUGUCGAAAAACGAACACGAGGAGUUUUCAUCUUUUUUUCCUGAGGUGGUAAAUACUUUGAUAGAUGUCGAACCUUGGAUUAGAAAUGAAGAAUCUCGAGAAAGAUUGAAAGAUGUUCUAGAGCAUAAUGUGAAUUUCUGGACUAAUUCCAGAGGUGUGGGGACGGUUUCGGCUUAUAAGGCUCUAGAAAAGCGUGAGAACAUAACCAAGAAAAAUAUUGAAUUGGCCAAUAUAUUAGGAUGGUGUGCAAGAUUGUACGAAGCAUCCUUAAUAAUACAAGAUGACAUCAUAGACGCUUCCGAAACGAGAGGAAACGUUUUAUGCUGGUACAAAAACAAAGACAUCGGUCUCAAUAUUGCAAUAGUUGACGCCAUUUACUUGAACGCAGGCAUAUUUUGGAUACUGAGAAAAUAUUUUUCUGCCUCCCCACAAUAUCCAGCCCUGUUAGAAAUAUUUCAUGAUCUGAAUUUCGGAGGAGCAUUGAGUCAGAGAAUGGAAUUGAUGCCGUGUAAUUUGAAUAAUUUCUGUAUGGAGCAUUACAAGUCGUUAGCUCAAGAAAAAGGAAGUCUCGCGUUCACUUUUAUAUCCAUGGCAAUGACUCUGGCUAAUUAUCCCGAAGAGUUACAUGAACGGAUCCGGCCUAUUCUGAAGGAGUUGGGAUUAUUUUACCAAAUUCAAAAUGACUACAUAGACUUCUUUGGGGACCCUGAAACAACAGGAAAAAUAGGAACAGAUAUCAGAAAAGGAGCCCUCACCUGGUUGGCUGUAAAGGCGUUAGAAAAAGCUGAUAGAGCUCAACGAGCCAAGCUGGAAGAUAAUUAUGGAAAAAUCGAACCACAUUCAAUUCAAAUCAUAGGAGAUUUAUAUAAUGAAAUGAAUCUACAGAAAGAAUACAAAAAGUGUGAAAUGGAAAUGUACAGAAGUAUCUAUUUGCAAAUAAUGGAGUUACCAAAGGAGUUGAAUUUGAGUUUUUUCUUAGCAGUGCUAGACGCGCUAAUCAAAGGAAAAUGGUUGACCUAA